AGAGCGUAUCCAAAGCUCCAACGUCGGCCGUUCUACGUAGCCCUCACCUCAGGAACUUGGGACAAGGAAAAGUUUUUUUUCCAAACAGGUCGUGCAUGGAUAAGCGUUUAAAGGCCUACAAGGGGGAACAUUUCUUAUUUUCCCAUACUUGUCAUCGCCAUUCAUUUAAAUUCUGAAAUGCGGACUUGAGGCACACAGAGGCUGGAUUGCGUUCAGUUUUGGGCUACUUUUCCGGCUGGUUAUUUUCUCAUAGCCUACUUGGAUAAGUUUGAAGAACAACGGGUUUACUGAUGUAAAAAAGGAUUAUCUGCAACAGGACAGUGCACGCUGAAAGAGAUAGAAGCACGGGGAGAAACUUUAAUCUUGGCGAUCAGGGCACUUGUCACUUGUCAAUUCACUGACCAUUUCAUCUGAACUUUGUUCAUCAUAAAUUUGCUGUCUUCGAACAUCGUUGAAGUUAUGGCGAAGAAAUACGACUUCCUCUUUAAAUUAUUACUCAUAGGAGAUAGUGGAGUUGGGAAAACCUGCCUCAUCAUCCGAUUUGCAGAGGACAAUUUUAAUUCAACCUACAUAUCAACAAUCGGCAUUGACUUUAAAGUAAAGACCAUAGAUGUGGAUGGGAAAAAAGUCAAGCUUCAAGUAUGGGACACAGCAGGACAAGAGAGGUUUAAGACCAUAACCACAGCCUACUACAGAGGAGCAAUGGGCAUCAUCUUGGUGUAUGACAUCACUGACGAGAAAUCCUUUGAGAACAUUCAGAACUGGAUGAAGAGCAUCAAAGAGAAUGCAUCAUCAGGGGUGAGCCGCAUGCUGCUGGGCAACAAGUGUGACAUUGAGGCGAAGCGGAAAGUGUCCAAGGAAGUGGGCGAAAAACUGGCAAAGGAUCAUGGGAUUCGGUUCUUUGAGACAAGUGCCAAGUCCAGCAUUAAUGUGGAGGAGUCCUUUCUCUCUCUGGCCCGCGACAUUUUGCUGAAGUCAAACAAGAAACCGGGACCGACAGGAAGGGAGGUGAAGCUGACAACACCAGAAGCCAAAACCAAGUCCUCCUCCAAGUGCCUCCUCAUUUAAACGUCAGAGAAAUGGACAGAGGAGAGAGAGAGAGAGAGAGAGGAAGGGGAUGAAAGAUAGAGAAAAGUUGAAGAAUGGAGAAAGGGGAUGAGAGAAAUGAAGGGAAAGAGAACGUGCAGAGAAAGCACAGAGAAAGUAAGAGAGUGCUACUGGCCUGUCGAAGGUUUUAAUUGGUUGCUGGUCUUGUCACAGCAGAUAACAUUGUCUAGAGGUAAUGUAUAACAUUCCAAGUCACGUCCUUUGUAAAAAAAACAAUGCUUGCAGUAGAAAUCAUGAUGAGUGCUGGUUUAUAUGUGAAAGGCUGAAAUACAUACAGGCUGCAUUGUAAAUCACAUAAGCCAUGUUGAGAGUCUCUUUUCACUUGUCAGUGAAAGAAAAAAUAAUACAUUUCUGCAGUAUUGUAGAAACAUAUACGUACGUAUGUAAUCUAAUUCCUCAUGUUUUUCACUGCAUUCGUUCUGGUCUGAAAGCUGUCCGCAGGGGUUGUCUGGGGCUCGGUCAAUGCUAACAAUUGUUGACCAAAAUGAUGUUGAAACUAAUUAGAUCAGUCCCAAGGAUUCUAUCUCUUGGUGAAACAGAUCAUGCAGCCUAAUAUUGGCUGCCUGUGCUAGCAGAUCAGGUGGCACUGUUAGCAGGGAAAUCACACACUCAGAAUAAGACAGAGGAGGCAUAUUGCUAGCUCUGUGAAUAAGAUAAUCACUCAGUUCAACUUUCUGAUCCACAAGGUUGUCCAUGCAAUUUUUAUUUGGUACAAUCAAUACCCCAUUAAGCUCAAUAAUGAGUGCUGUAGAAAAUCUCCUAGGAAUAGCCAUUUCUCAAUAGAACGUUCCACAUUACGUCUUGCCGCUAAAACAGACAUUUCAGGAAAUAGACUGGCAGGGACAGGCUUGGACUGACAGUAUUAGUUGAAGGCGUGAGGUUAGGUAGGGAUUUAUGGAAGUGCCUUCAUGAUUCAGCAUGUGGACAUUUUUGCAUAUGUUUACUUUUUUUAUUUGUAAAAAGUUUAGAUCCAAUGGCUGUAUUGCAGUAGAGAUUUGUACACUAGGAUCACACUACAGUGUAGAGGAUUUGGUCUAUGAGUGAAGAGCAUCUUGCUCUUGAACAUGGGGAUUACCAUAACAAUGGACACCUGGUUAAUGAUACCACAUACCACACACACACACACACACACACACACACACACACACACACACACACACACACACACACACACACACACACACACACACACAAACACACACGCGCGCACGCACAUAAAGAGAGAGAGAGAGACAUACAUACACAGUCCCCCUGAAACAAGUUCCCAUUCCCUUUCUUUUAGAGGUGUGUGUGUAUGUGUGUGUGUGCGUGCGUGCGUGUGCGCUCCUGUGGGUGUGCAUGUACUUGUAAGUUUGUCAAGGAGGUUGGACUGGUUGCCUGUUAUGAUGAUGUAACCCUGCACAUGCAUAGACUUGUCAUCUGUCUCCAGAUCAGGUGUUCCAGAGAGCUACCUUUUCACCUGUCUGAAUGAUCAGGUGUUCCAGAGAGCUACCUUUUCACCUGUCUGAAUGAUCAGGUGUUCCAGAGAGCUACCUUUUCACCUGUCUGAAUGAUCAGGUGUUCCAGAGAGCUACCUUUUCACCUGUCUGAAUGAUCAGGUGUUCCAGAGAGCUACUUUUUCAGCUGUCUGAAUGAUCAGGUGUUCCAGAGAGCUACUUUUUCACCUGUCUGAAAGAUCAGGUGUUCCAGAGCUACCUUUUCACCUGUCUGAAUGAUCAGGUGUUCCAGAGCUACCUUUUCACCUGUCUGAAUGAUCAGGUGUUCCAGAGCUACCUUUUCACCUGUCUGAAUGACUGCCUGUUUACUGCCUCUCUCCUGCUGUGACUGCAUCCUCCUUUUUUUGGUACUGCACACUUACUGCUAGAAAUACUGUGGUUCCUCCACAACGAUUAUAGAAAGUUUUGUUGUUUCUUUUUAUGGACAAAUGACACCUUUGUACACAACACAUAGAUCAGAGAACUGUUUAAAUGAUAACUGUUUUUUUGUUUUAUUUUGUUUACAAACUUGUCUGGGAAAAUAUUUUGAUGAACAAGUGAAGGGGGGUGGAAUGAGAGAAGGAACAAUGACGCAAGAAGGGAAAAGUGUUAAAGAAGAAAAAAGCAUGUGAUAGAAAAAGUGAAAUUGAAAAAGAAGAGAUUUGGUCUUGGGCUUUAGCUGUACAACAGUCCUUAUUGAUACCAGCACUGCUAUUUUCUGCUUGUUUUUUUACACACUGUAUCGUCCUGUGUGUACAGUAUGUGUGAUUGUUUUUGUAUGUGAGUGUGAAACAGUUUUCCUUUGACUCUUAUUGAACUCAUGAAUCUUUCUCAGGUGGUCAAUGAAACAUCCUGACUGUCUCUGAAUCUUUUACGGCGCUUUGAAUAAAAAAAAUCAGUGUUAUGAUAAGUGUUGAA